AUGGGAAAAUGUAUGGGAUCCUUUGUGGAGAACCUCGGCGUAUGCACGAUUACCCGUGCUGAGAUUAUGGCUGCCAUUCGAGGAUUGCAGAUGGCAUGGGAGAAAGGUUACAGGAAAGUCCUACUCCAACUCGACUCCACUACUGCCAUCAACAUUAUUACAUCCCAUGAGCAGACUGAGGACAGGUACCAUAAUCUGAUUCAACAGUUACAGGGGUUGAUUCAUCGGAACUGGGAAGUCAGAAUUUCCCAUAUCUAUAGAGAAGGAAACAAAGUGGUUGAUUUCCUAGCUAAUAAGGGCCACUCUGUUAGUAUAGGUUACCAUGUUGUUGAAAGCCCAAACCCGUUUAAUCUAAGUACCAGACAGGGGCGCCCUUUUAGCGUCCCAUUUUUUACCACAAAAAAAAAAGAAAUUAUUAUAUUGUUUAUUUUUUAA